AGGAGCCAUGGAUAACCUCCGGUAAACAACCCGACUCCCAUCAAAAUUCCCUUGCACCAGUUUUAUAAAUGAUUGCCCAUUAUUUUCCGUUUCUCUCGAUUGUUUUCAGCCUUUUCGAUUCGUAUCAUUUUUUCGAUCCAAAUGGAUACAUUGCCUACUGCCCUUGCAUGGGAAGGUUUGGAAACCAAGCGGAUCACUUUCUCGGAGCUUUGGGAUUUGCGAAAGGGCUGAACAGGACACUCAUUCUACCUCCUUGGGUCGAAUAUCGAUUUGGAGAGCCAAAAUCUGUCCAAGUGCCGUUCAAUACUUAUUUCAGAGUUGAGCCGCUAGAGAAAUUCCAUAAGGUGAUUUUGAUGGAAGAAUUUAUGAAAAAUGUCGCCCCUGUAAUCUGGCCGGAGGAGAAAAGAUACGCUUUCUGUUACAUGUCAAGGGGUACGUCAAAUUCUUGCAAUCCCAAGGAAGGAAACCCUUUCGGCCCUUUUUGGGACACUUUCAACAUUGAUUUUGUCGAUUCCAUUUUUUAUGGACCUCUUCAUUAUGACGUCCAUCAUUCUCACUCGGAAAUGGCUUUAAAAUGGAGGCAAACAUACCCUAGUGAUAAAUACCCUGUUUUAGCAUUUGUGGGUGCACCGGCUAGUUUUCCAGUACAAGAAGAGAAUAAAGUUUUACAAAAAUACCUCGUUUGGAAUGACAAAGUUGCAAAUGAAGCCUCCAAUUUUAUAGCGGCAAACCUUCCCAAAGGGUCUUUCAUAGCGAUUCAUUUAAGAAACGGAUUAGAUUGGGUACGGGCUUGUGAGCAUAUUAAAACAUCACCGAGCCUUUUUGCAGCGCCUCAGUGCUUAGGCUACCGAGGCGAAGGAGGAAAGGCUACUCGUGAAAUGUGCUUCCCGGACAUCAAACUGAUAACCAAGCAAGUCAAGAGGAUCGCAAGAGGCAUGGAACAUCUAGUCGGUCUCAUCGUGGCGUCCGACACAAACCACAUGGUACCUGAAUUGAGCAAAGUACUCACGAAGAUGGGUGUUAAAGUUGUAAAAGCUGAAGGGAGCACACCGCACGUCGAACUUGCCAUCAUGGCGAAGGCCAACCAAUUUAUCGCGAAUUGUAUCUCAUCCUUCUCGGCAUUUGCAGUCCGGGAGAGAACAUCGAAAGGGCUUCCUUCACAUUUUUGGGGCUACCCUCCUUCAAUAAAAUCCAUACAGUCUAAUCACGAUGAACUCUAACUUAGAUAUUUAACUACUUUGUACAAUUUAUUUUGUCUAUAAACAAUUUUUUUUUACAUUAAACGAUAAAACAAU